GAAAUUUCAAAUUAGUUCAAAUUACUCUUUGUGAGCUGCAGUGUAAGAGUGUAACCUACGUAUUGUUUUUCUACCUCUAUGACUGUGAAAAGCAUUUUCUGUUUUCUUCAUUCAUUAUUUUUUAUUAAACAAUGGAAGACAUCAAUUUCCACUAAGACGAAAUCCUGAGUUUGUGUUACCUAGACAAAGGGAAAUUAUACUUAAUGCAUACAAGAACCAACUUACUCAAAACCCUAAUGCUACAAUGAAUCAUGUUAAAAAAUCAUUAUCAAGAGAACUUGGAAUUAGAGAGUCAACUAUAUGUAAAACAAUCUUAGACUAUAAAUGGUCCAAAACAGUUUCGUCUCCUGAUUGAACCAAAAACUUUAUAACUGUCAAAUAUGAGGUGGAUGAUAAUGAUAAAUGUGCUAUACAACAGAAGGUACAUCAAUUUUGGUUUGAUCAUAAGUUACCGACGUUUAAAGAAAUAUUCCAAGUUGUUAAAAAAGAUGAGAACUUAUACUAUAUCUCUCAUACCUCACUAGGUAGAUUAUUAAAAUCUAUGAACUUUAGGGGUGUGGAACAAGGUUGUAAUAGAAUUAUGAUAGAGAAACCUAAAAUUGUUGUUAAGCGGAGGAAAUAUAUAAGAGAAAUACGACGAUUUCGAGAAGAGGGUCGCCAAAUAUACUAUUUGGGCAAGACUAAGAUCGGUGCUGGUGACGUUCCAAAUAGAUUUGGGUGCGAUAAACCAAAUUGGAAGGGGAAACUUCUAAUUGUUUGCCAUUUAGGUUCUGAAGAUGGAUUUGUCACUGACGGUCUGUUGUGCUUAGAGUCUAAGAAAAAACUAAAGGCUAUAAGGAUAAAAAGGGUAAAAUGUAUGGUAAAUGUUUUCGUGAAUGGUUUGAAAAUGUUUUACCUAGACUCAAACACAAUGCAGUUAUUGUCAUGGACAACACUCUUUAUCGGUCCAUGCAAAAGGACAAAUACUCAACAAAAAAUACAACGAAAGCUGAUAUUAUUAAUUGGUUUGAAAGUAAAGGAGACAUUGUAGAUACUUCUAUGGUUACUGAAGAGCUAUUUCAAAUUGUCAAUACACUGAAGCCAAUUUACGAAAAAUAUGCAGAUGAAACAGUCAAGACACAUAAUAUACAUAUACUUAGUUUACCACCAUAUCAUCGCGAGCUCAAUCCAAUUGAGCUUAUAUGGUCUGCCAUAAAAAAUUUUGUCAGAAUGGAUAAUUCAACUUUAAAGAUUCGUGAUGUCAAACGACUAUCAAUUGAAGGCGUCCAAAGAGUAAAUUCGGACUUGUGGAAAAAUUGUAUCGAAUAUGCAGUUGGCGAGGAAGAAAAAUUAUGGAACAUGGACUUCAUGAUUGAUGAGUUUAUGACCGAUGAGAACCAUGUAUUUUGAAUGUGAACUCCGAUGAAUUGAACUUGGAUGACAACGCCUGACCUCUUUUGGGCAUGUAAAUUAAUUUGUAAACGUAUGUUAUGUUGCUUAUGACUAUGUUAAUUAUAUUAGUAUUAUU